AUGUUUGAAUCGAGUGUACUCCGGCCCCAAAUGAUCAAGGUAGCAUUGGCCUUGUUCGCCCUCUCAUCAUACAAGCUGCUUCCGUUUGCGUAUAUGAUCCGGUUCUACUAUCAAGUGUUCCGUCAUAUCUUCACAAAGCGUAGUGGAUAUGUCAAGACGAAAGAAAAUACUUAUGGAAUCGGAAACCAGCCACUUGACUUGUUUCGGCAAGUAGCUUAUCGCUCUUAUACGUCUCCUCUCGAAAUCGAUAUGUAUCUCCAUAAAUCCAACUCCACAUAUUUCACGGAUUUGGAUAUUGCCAGAACAAAGUUGGUGUGUGUGAUCUUUCAAAAAUUGUUCAUGAAAUACUGGAACAAUGAAUCUGGUGAAUUUAAAAAAAGAUCUAUAAACAACUGUCCAUAUAUUCCGGUUGGGACUGUUCAAUGUACAUUCAAGCGUGAGUUCAAAGUUUUCCAAAAGUAUUCUGUGGUAUCCUCUGUGUUCGCAUGGGAUCACAAGUGGCUUUAUGUCGUUCUGAAAUUUGUUCUGUCGAAAGGGGUUUUGAGUGCGGUUGCAGUCACUAAGUACGUUUUCAAGAGGAACGGCCGCAUUACUAUGAAACCUGCAGAGUUCAUAGCUGAAUGCGGUUUGCUUAACAAUGAGGUCGAGAAAAUCAACGCUGAGAAUUACAAAUUGAUUUCGUACUUGGAGACUUCCGAGGGUUUAGAGGCUUGGGCUUCGACUUUAGAUUCAAAGGUUAUGCAUUGA